GAGAGGCCUUAUCAAGAGUCGUGAUGAAGUGUUCAUCACUUCAAAACUAUGGUGCAACUGCAACCACCACGACCUGGUUCUCCCAGCCCUCAACAACGCACUCCAGUAAUUACUGCUGACAUUUCAGUUGCAUUAUAUUGAAAUUGAUAGUGUUAAAUGAGGUUUGUUACACGUAUCGGUUGUUGUUUUGUGGAUAUGAAGGAAGCUGGGAAUGGAGUAUGUGGAUCUUUAUCUGAUGCAUUUUUCGUUGAGGUUGAAAAAAGAAGUUGCAAGCUUUGAGUUUGCAAAGGAGGAUAUCCUCCCCAGCUGGGACAUGAAAGGGACAUGGGAAGCCAUGGAAGAGUGCUGCAGAUUGGGCCUAGCCAAGUCUAUUGGCGUAAGCAACUUCAGUUGCAAAAAGCUCUCUCAGCUUCUCCAAUAUGCUACUAUCCCUCCUGCUGUUAAUCAGGUGGAAAUGAACGCAGCAUGGCAACAGGUGAAACUGAGAGAGUUUUGCAGAGAGAAGGGGAUUCAUGUGAGUGCAUGGUCUCCAUUGGGAGCAAAUGGAGCCAUCUGGGGCUCACUUGCAGUGGUCGAGAAUCCACUUCUCAAAGAAAUCUCUGCUGCAAAAGGGAAGAGCUUGGCACAGAGUCAAACAAGAUCCUCACUCCUGCUUUUCCAAGCAAAGAUAUCGACACCAAGUUCUAGCGGAUAUCUGGCACAUGAAGAACAUCACUGAGGGCAAGCACUUUUUCAGAGGUUAGCUUGAAGAGAACUUUCCCUUUGCCAAUCACUGGAGUAGAUCUAGAAUCACCCAUAAACACUUGUUUAUCUCCUUCCUUUACAAUGGUAUGGGAAGUAAAUGCACUUCUAUUCCCACAUAUGUGUCUGGUAGCCCUAGAGUCUACCACCCAUUCUUUCAUAUUGGUGACCAUGCUCACCUCAGAGAAGAUUACUACUGUGAUUACCUUUGCCUCUGUCAUAUUUGCCUUUGAAUUGGACUUAUUAGUUCUCUUCCUGUGGCGACAUUGAGCUGCAUGGUGUCCAGACUUGCCACAAACAAAGUAAUUAUCCUAUUUUUUAAUAGUUGAGUUCUGGACCUCGUUUGAUGCAUUGGGCUUGGUCCUAGAGUUUUGUUUCUUGGACUUAUUAUUUUUGGGUUUAGGUUUUUCUUCUAUUACAUUAGCCUUAGAAAACAAUUCCUUAGUUUUCUCAACAUUGUCCCUAUUUCGGUUUUGUUCUUCAAUCCUAAUAUGGAUUAUGACAUCCUCUUGGGACAUUUGUUUCCUUUUAUAUUUCAUGUUAUUUUUGUAUUUUUUUCCAAGACUCUAGAAGAGUCUCUACUAAAUAACCAGCUACAAAAGUUUCGAGUAAUUUAAUGUCUUUAAUAGCUAAGUCAUUAAUCAACAAGUGGUAAUCAUGGAUUUGAGAUGAUACAUCUCCAUCCUUGGUCAUUUGGAAAUUUCUAAAAUUCCCUAUGGCAUAUUUCUGAGUUCCUGCAUCUUCCAAAAUAUAUUUUUUAUUUAUUGCAUCCCAAAUUUCUUUUGCAACUUUUAAUUGACAAUAAAUAUCAAAAAGUUCAUUAGAAAUGAUACUCAAAAUAGCAUGCCUAACUUGUUUAUUUCCAGUUUCACAGGUUGGUAACAUAUGAGAACCAUUUUUUGGUUUUGGGUUAGUCAAAAUGUGUUCCAAGUUCACUACAUCAAUUGCAAAGAAAACCCUUUCCUGUCAUCUCUUAAAGAAUGUCCCAUUGAAGGCAUCAAAUUUAGAGGUGUCAGGACGGGUGUAAACUAGGGAAGCUUUCAUUGGAAUAUAUUUCAAGAUUGUUGGUUUUAAGGGUAUGGAAACAAUUGACUAGCCCAAAAGACAAACAAAGAACAUAAUUAAUAAAAAGAAAAACUUAUCGGCUAAGAUGUGAUAAAUACUGUCCUUGAAAUAGAUUCAUUCUCCUUGAAGACGAACUAGGUGCACUAGGAUACCAAUGGUCUACCUCCAGGAUUCAACAGUCAUAUCUCAUAUUAGAUGCACUCUAUAAGCAAGAUGUGUACAACUUGGGUUUAAAAAAAAUUCCUCCAAAUAAAUGUAUGAAAAGACUCUUUGAAAAACUCCCUGAAAAUUUAUCUGAAAAAUUGGUAUUCGUCUUUAAAAAAUGAGGGAUGACCUGUUUUUAUAGGCCAUUAAUACAGUCCUAAUGGGACUUUACUCGUAAUCAGAAUAUGACUCAAAACAAAAGGAGAUUCUACUUAUAAAAGGAAUGAGACUCCACUAACACAAUCCUAAUAGGACUCUUCCAAAAAAAUAUAAGACUAAUAGAAUAAAACAAAAUAAAAUAAAAUAAAAUAA